AUGAUGAUAAUAGAAACUGAAGCUAGUCAUACCAAUAAAUCUGGUGUAGCGGAAGUGUUAGCGGCUAAAUCUGGGACAGCAGAGGUGCUAGCGGCUAAAUCUGGCGCAGCGGAGGUGGUACCUACCAAAUCUGGUGCAGUGGAUAUGCUAGUGACUAAAUCUAGCGUAACAGAUGUGCUAGGGGCUAAAUCUAUGCCGCUCCUUAUUGAAAUCUCUCCAGAUUGA